UAGGUUCUCCCUCUCGAAUUUGCUUGAGCUCCGCACAGUUCUAUCGCGAGCUCCAGCACCGUCAGUCGUCAGCCCCAGCGUCGUGUUCGCGUCCGUGUUUGCCGGUUUUGUUCGUACAAGUGUAAACGUCUUUAAUUAGCAAUUGUUAACGUGUUUCGUUAGUUAUUGCUCUUGUCCGUACCGUUGCGUUCCUCUGCGUUCCUCUGAGUUCCUUUGCGAUCCGUUCCGUUCUUUCGUUAUCAGUCGCGUCAGAAGUGCUAAUCGUUUCGCGCUCGUGCUGCUCAAGUGCAAUAGUAAAGAACGAACCAUUACACUCCAAAUAUUUUUUCGGGGCUUAAUCGCCUGCAUCAAUAAAUUAAUUAUCGCUGGGGCUAUCUCCACGUUCCACUUCAGUCGAGUACGUUUAAAGCAUAAAUUAAUAUAAGAGAACAGCCGCGUAAACAAAAAACAAACAAAAAAAAAAGCUCCAUCAACCCUCCCCCCGCACACCCGCCCCCCGGUGGCUGCACGGUCCACAGUCCACGGUGCAACGGCAACGGCAACGGCAACGGCAAACGGAAAAACUAAUUUAUGGCAUUAAAAAUGCAUAUUUUCUAGCAGUUUCUAUCAUUUGCCACAACUGCUGCUAGAAGGGAGAGAGAGCGCGAUAGAGAGAGGCAAGCGGAACGUUGCCGCUGUAGAAGGAACCUGCCACAUCAGCAGCAGCAGCAGAAACAACAACAACAACACAAGGAGCAGCAAAAGCAUCUGAGGCGGAGGAUAACGCAAGGAUAAUACGCCAUCUCUUUGCCCCCGAAAUGGAUUUCCUAUGGAUAAACCCUGCCAGAUCAAUGACAUGGCGACCAUUGGUGACAUAUCAUCGAUGAUCAUCUCACCGCCGACGUCUUCCAUUUCGAACGAUCAAGAUCCGUUUGGACAGCUGCCACCGCUACCACCGCCACUGCGUUCCACCCAAGUGCUGCAGCCAUUGAGCGUAUUUCCAGUGUCCAAUUUGAGCGAAGAUUCCUACGAUUAUGUGUUUGGUGGUCGACGUAAGAAUCCGCCCUCAACAACGUCACAACAACUCAAGCUGACAUCACCGCCAGUGCGAUUGCGACCAGAAGACGCCUAUCGUGGUGGUGCAGAGAAUAUACAAAACAACGGCCGUUUCUAUCGUCAUUCGUUUAGCUAUGCCCCCAAGCGGCAGCGCCACACCUCCUCCUCGAGUCGGGAUGAUCGUGAUCGUGAAUCGAGAUUGAGAUGUCAUGGAGAGGACGAGGCCACAUUGCGCCAAUUGCUGCUCGAUUUGCAAAAGCAAGUUAGCGUGAUGAGCAUGAAUCUAUCAGCGAAACUCGAUGAGCUGCAGCGAGGCGAUCGACACCUGGAGACGACAGUCGCCUUGUGCGAAAUUCGCACUCAGCUCCAAGAGCUGACCAAAUCCGUGGAGUCCUGCCAGAGUGAAGUCUCAGAGGUCAAACGUGAUAUGGUGGCCAUCAAACAUGAACUGGACACCGUGCAGCAGGUGAAGGAGGAGAUCGAGGAGCUGCGCGAAUAUGUCGACAGACUGGAGGAGCACACGCACCGACGGAAGCUAAGACUUUUAGAACAAGGUCUCACCUUCUUCCUCACGUACUCGAUCUUCUCGGCGGUUCUGGGGAUGCUGCAGUUCGGCUAUAAUACCGGAGUGAUCAAUGCCCCGGAGAAGAAUAUCGAGAAUUUCAUGAAGGAUGUGUACAAGGACCGCUACGGCGAGGACAUUAGCGAGGAGUUCAUCCAGCAGCUCUACUCGGUGGCGGUGUCCAUCUUUGCCAUUGGCGGCAUGCUCGGCGGUUUCAGUGGCGGCUGGAUGGCCAAUCGAUUUGGCAGAAAAGGCGGCCUACUAUUGAAUAAUGUACUUGGAAUAUCGGGUGCUUGUUUGAUGGGUUUUACCAAAGUUAGUCAUUCCUAUGAAAUGUUAUUCCUUGGCCGAUUUAUAAUUGGCGUUAAUUGUGGCCUCAAUACAUCUCUAGUGCCGAUGUACAUCUCGGAGAUAGCGCCACUGAAUCUACGCGGUGGCUUAGGUACUGUUAAUCAAUUGGCUGUGACUGUAGGUUUACUAUUAUCCCAGGUCCUGGGGAUCGAGCAGAUCCUCGGCACCAACGAGGGCUGGCCCAUACUCCUCGGCCUGGCCAUAUGUCCAGCAAUAUUGCAACUAAUUUUACUGCCCGUCUGCCCAGAGUCGCCACGAUAUUUGCUGAUUACCAAACAAUGGGAGGAGGAGGCACGAAAAGCCCUUCGACGGCUCCGCGCCUCUGGCUCUGUCGAAGAGGACAUUGAGGAGAUGCGCGCCGAGGAGCGUGCCCAGCAGGCCGAGAGCCAUAUCUCCACCAUGGAGCUCAUCUGUUCGCCCACCCUGCGUCCCCCAUUGAUCAUUGGCAUUGUAAUGCAGCUGAGUCAGCAAUUCAGUGGCAUCAACGCCGUCUUCUACUACUCCACAUCGCUGUUCAUGAGCUCGGGUUUGACGGAGGAGAGCGCCAAGUUUGCUACGAUAGGCAUAGGCGCCAUAAUGGUUGUAAUGACACUGGUCUCCAUUCCAUUGAUGGAUCGCACGGGUCGUAGGACUCUGCACUUGUACGGCCUCGGGGGCAUGUUCAUCUUCUCCAUUUUCAUAACGAUUUCGUUCUUGAUUAAGGAAAUGAUCGACUGGAUGUCCUACCUCUCGGUUGUGGCCACCCUCGGAUUUGUGGUCUUCUUUGCCGUUGGCCCCGGAUCCAUACCAUGGAUGAUCACCGCAGAGCUCUUCUCCCAGGGACCACGACCCAGUGCCAUGGCCAUUGCAGUGCUAGUGAAUUGGAUGGCCAAUUUCGUGGUUGGCAUUGGUUUCCCCAGCAUGAAGACUGCUUUGGAGAACUAUACGUUCUUGCCGUUCAGCGUUUUCUUGGCCAUCUUCUGGAUAUUCACGUACAAAAAGGUGCCCGAGACCAAGAACAAGACGUUCGAGGAGAUACUGGCCCUCUUCCGACACAACAAUGGCAGGAGUAUGCUAAACUGCACAAAUAGCUUGGAGCCACAAUCAAUGAAUUCUGGCAUCGAGCAUGCCGCCUUGAUGGUAUCCGAGGAGAAGACCCAACAUGACUCACUCUUUGGUACGACCUCGUUCUCAUUGACGGUUGAAGGCAUGGGUCCCUAUCCCUUAAGCGACAGCACCAAUCUCCUGGGUCCCACAUCGACUCCCCACAGCUACGGGGCGGCCUCGAGCGGAGGAGGAGUAGGAGUUGGAGUAGGAGUGGGAGGAGGCCUCGGCGGUGCUGGCGGAGGAGGCUCCUCCACGUGCUACACGAACUAUGGCACGAAUAUACAAACGCCAGUGGCAGCGAGAAAGUGCUACCACAACGAGUCCGACUACGUGGGCGACGACAGUUUCCGCCGGCACUCGGCGCACGGAAGAAUGUCAUCUGCAUCAGAGCGAUUUUUAGACGGCGGCCGAAGUACACACCAGGGCCGGAGCGGUGCCUCUGCGCCCCAUCACCUUCGUCAGCAAGCACCUGUCUGCCCGAACAGCGGGCCUUGACUGAGGAACGCCUCACCUCCUGAAACUGCCAGUGUUCGGUCCGUGAGUCGCGCUGAGGAGAUGCCGAUGCCGAUGUCCAUGCAACAGCAGCAACAGCAGCAGCAGCAGCAGCAGUCGCAUCACCAGUCACGAUAUGCCACACACGAAUACGUACAUUGUAGCUAUGAGAAGGAUGUUGUAUGUGAUCAAGCAGCCCCCUCGCAGCAGCCCCAACAGAUGCCACAGCAACAGCAACAGCAGCAGCAGCCUCCACCGCACAGCCACAGCCACAAGCACGAGCCGAAUCAGGAGACGGUCUCCAUUCUAUCACACUGCCACCAAAUGCAACAGCAGCAACAACCAGUGCAACCACUGCAACCACUGCAGAACCAGCCACGCAAGCCACACAGCCAUAGUCCGCAUCAUAGUCGCCACACCUCACCGCACAGCCAUCACUCACAUCAUCAUCAUUAUCGUAGACGUCGUCGCCAGGGCAGCGGGAGUCUGCCGGGAGCCCACACCACUUCCACCCAUCAUUCGGGGCACCACUCGGCGGCAGGCACCACCACGCGCCACGGCGCUGUCUGCGCCGCCAGUCGUCGCCACCGCUCAGUCACGGAUGUGUCCACCAAUUCCUGCCAGGAUCCCAGUUGCGCGGACCGUGAGGUCCAGGAGAUAAUGGUGCGCAAGUCAUGCUGCACUUCUUCCUCGCGCACAGAGCUGGCCCAGUUCUUCGCCGAGGAUCUGUACGGCUCCUCGUCGCGACGCCCCAGCAGCUGCUGCACCAGCUCCGACUACUGCUACCAGACGGACUCGACGAGUCUCUACGGCUCCAGGUCCUCGCUCAGCCGCAACAAUUCCAUCAAGUCGGCGUCCGCCGCCAUGCGGAAGCAGCAGCGGCUGCAGCACCGCCAGCCGAGCUACACAUCCAUCUCCUUGAGGGGAUUGAAUGCCAGUCGCCCGAAUAGCCAACUGGGAUCACUGACCUCCAUCUUCGACAGGGCCAAGCAGAUGGCGGGGGAGCUUAAGGCAGGAGAGGACGCGGCCGGCUCUACUCUAGAGAGACAGAGCUCCAAGGGAGCUUUGAGCAACGAUCUCCCCGAAUACGCCUGCUCGCCUUCGCCCAUCCGCUGGAGCUUCCUGGCCGACGGCAAGUCGCCGACGGAGUUCGAGGGCGCUGUAGGAGGGGAAGAGGAGGAAAAGCUAGAUGCCUGGCAGGUGCCAGAGCCAGAGCCCGGGAAAAAGCCCUGCAGGAAGAUCACCAGCGCAGAGACUGCCUGCUGGAAGAGUGGCUCCGUGUACGAUGAGGGUCCCAGUACUUCGGCGGCGGCUGCAGCCCGGAAGCGUCGCGGCAGCAACUACCAUUGCGAAUUCGAGGAAGAGUCCACGACGGUGCUCUUCCAUCAGGAUCCCGGGGAGUCGUUCAACAACUGUUGCAACAACUACAUUCAGUGCAACAGCUACUUGGACCAGGACCUACAGAUCACCAGCGAGGAUAUCCAUCAGUAUUUGUCCAAGGGCGAUCCCACGGCCACAGAUGUCCUCAACAAUUCGAAGAACUAUCCCUUCCAGCCGAGCAAUGCGCUGGAGUUUCAGUACAAGAACAACUUCCAGCAGGGCGGCGGCAACAACAACAAUACGAACACCACGAACACAGCCUCCAGCGAUGCGGGGGAGUGCUUCCAGAGCUACAGGGCCAGCUCCAAGGAGACGAACCUCAACCAAACGGCGACGACGGUGACGACGGCGACGACUGGAACUAGACCUGGGACUGGGACUUCGACGGAGCCCAUGUCUCCGACCAACAUCAAUCUGUCGACCAGCUCGAACAACAUCAAUAUCGUGUUUAGCAGCAGCCUCGAGCGGAAUGCCAACGAAGUGAAGUUCAUCAACAAUCGGAGUGGAGGCGGCACCUCAGACGAGAGUGGGAUGGUGGGAUGCGAGGGCCAUCAUGCGGGGUAUCUGCCGUACACCUUUCCCAGCUAUGAUUACACGAACAUGUCGGGGAACUCGCACUUCGAGAAGUCCCUGGGGAUCGAUGAGCUGCCCAAAGAGUUCAACGGAGUGGAUGCCUCUACAACCAGCGAGCACUCAUCGUCGCUGCCAUCGCCAUCGCCACAGCCGCUGUACCACCAACACCAGCAGCAGCAGUUCCAUCACUUUGAAUCCUUCGAUGCUCCCUCCGAGCACAAUCUCCUGUCGCAGCCCAUGUCCCCGGGUUCGCCGCUUUCCGGGUCCGUGAAUCCCGCUGGCGACGACGACUUUGUUCAAAUGCAUCACUAUCACGCCUCCACAGCCUCCACCUCCACCUCGCAUUCGCAUGCCCAUCACCACUCGCAAACGCAAUCGCACCCGCAAUCGCAAUCGCACCACAGUCACGCUCAUGCUCACACCCAUGCCCAUGGCCAUGGCCACCAUAUGCUGCAGCAUCAGCCACAGGCAGCACAUGCCACGCGCUACGAGGACCCACUCGCCGGGUCUGGGGUCUUGAAGAGAGUGCGCAAGCGUGCACGCAAUUUCCUGCGGAAGAAGUAAAAGAGUGUUCCCCCGUCUCGUGCAUCCCAAUCCCAUAGAUUCGCCGUACUUUGGCCGAAAGUACCUGGUGGUCUCAAAGCAACAGAAACCCCAACAGCAGCACCUGGGACGGCGGACGCAGAGCCUGGACGAGGACUGAGAUGAUAGUGGGACAGUGGCUGUCCAUCAGCAUCGCCAUUGCCAUCAGCAUCAUCAUCGCGAUAAGCAAUAACUGAGUAAUGACCAGAGAAUGUCGGAACACCUAUGGAAAUCUUUUAAAUUUAAUUACAAUUUGUACACUGCCAAAAACAAGAAAUGAAAAACGAAAGAAAGUUAAGGUUAAUUUUGUGCUAAGCCAAAAAAAAAACUCUGUUGAAAGCGUCACUCAUCACACACACACCAUGCACUCCGCAAAAAGAUAACCGAGUCACGAAUCAGAUACACAAAUCACAGAUACACACACACACACACACACUCAUCACGAAUCACAGCUACAAGAGAGAGGCGAAGGAGAAAUAAAACAGCAAGCAGAACAACGACUAUUUUAAUAAAUAACGAUGAUGAUGAUGAUAAUGAUAAUGAUAAUGAUAAUGAUAAUGAUAAUGAUAAUGAAAUACUUAAGCACAGUACGCGUACUGUACACUCCCGGAACAUUUGUAUAUUCAAACCUAAUUAUUAAGCGACAGUUUUGAAAUUUGCGUAUUUAAAUUGACUAAAGAUACAGAUAUAAAACUAGAGAUACAUAUUAUACAUAUACAUCAUAUAGAAACAUAAGAUUAUGAGGCCUGGAAUGGAAAUAAAAAUGCACCUACUACUCCACAGAGUACAGUACUCGCAGAUAGAGAAGACACGGAGCGGAGUAGGAAACCCAAUCUAAAAUGAAAAUGAACAUGAAAAUGCUAGUUAAAGAUACAUAGUUCUAAGGGAUGCACCGAUUGCAUCGAAAGCAGCGCCACAAGAUUUAGAGUUUCAGCAACCGCAACUGCAACUGCAACUGCAACACGCAACGUGCAACUAAAUAAUAAUAUUAACAAAUAAUUACAAAUGAAUAACCAAAGAAGCAACCACAGCAAACGGCAAACAGCAAACAGCAAACUGUAGUUUUUGGCACACAAAUUACCGCAGUUAACGGAGAAGCAGAAGAGAAGAGUUUUUAAGAUCGAAUUAUAAGUAAAAACAAUAACAAUAACAAUAUAUUGCAUAAAAAGAGUGGAGGAGGGUGAUUUUUGUUAUCAUUUUUUUGAUAUGCGCAAUUUUUAUGAUUGAUCGAUCGAUGACUUUCUUCAGGGACUGCUUGCGAUUUUUGUAACAAAGCAAUAAGCCGUUUUUUGCUCAAAUACCAAAUACGAUUCUGUUAUUUCCCCAGAGUAAACCAACCCCUAAAUAUUGUUCUCUUGGCAGCUACUUUUGACAAGGGGGCUCUAUGAAUCCAAGGAGUGGGUUCUUCGACCCCAAAAAUAAAGCUAAAGAGGCGGUUCUCUCAGCUCAAUGAACGAGAAGAGAAGGUUCUCCCACUCUGAAGAGAAGGUUCCACUACCCCAAAGGUAGAGGAGGUAGAGGGAUUCUCCCAACUUCCCGUAUUAUCGUUUUCUGUGUGCAUUAUCCCACAUUAUCCCCAAAACAACUGUCUUCCAAUUAAGUACUCGAUAUAUUCGAUGGUCCUCUAAUCUCCUCAGUUUCGCUUUAAAAAAAAAAACAAGAUCAAAACUUAAAGAAAACUCGAACACAGAUUGAUUUCCCAAUAUAUAUAUAUAUAUAUUGAUAGAUAUAUAUAUAUAUAUAAGUUUGUAUGUAUAGCCGUUGAAUCGGAAGUACCUUGCGAAACACGAGAUGAAAACUGUAUAUAUAGUAACUGCUGUUGAUUAAUUAAUAACCUUUAAUUUAUGAGUAAAUUAUAACUAAACGAAAAAAAAUAAUUUGUAGUCGAACAAAGAACGGGAAUCAUCACGAAACGAGACGGGACGAGACAGGACAUAGUGGGGCGAAAAUAAUAAUAAAUAUAAAUGCACUGCCAAAAACAAAGGUUUUACGUAAUUGAACAACAAAGUAGGUCGACAGAAACAGAUAAUAAACGAUAGAUAGAACACAGUGGGGGAGAGCUGCGUUCAAGUUCAAUGAAAACCAAAACCCAAACCAAAACCAACACCAAAAACAAAAACAAAAGAUGAAAAACGAUUAACUGCUGUAAAUAUAAGAAUGAAUACAUAUAGAGAAAUCAUAGACAUUUUUUAAUGGCACAUAAUUAACGAAUGAGCGCAUGCAAUUUGCAAUUUUUUUACAUUAUUUUAAAUGAACUAAGCAAACAAAAAAAAAAACAAAACCAACAAUAAUGAGUUAAAAUUACGAACGAAACGAAACCAAAUGAAAAUGCCAAGCGGCUGCAAUUUUGUAACAAAAUCAAAAGAAGAAAAAAAAACAGACAACAAAAUGUUAACAUUGCAUAAAGUUUAAACGAAAAAAACAUAAUAAUAUACAACAGAGAAGAACAAGAGAGCAAGAACAACACGAACAGAAGACACGAAUACGAGAACAUGAGAACACGAUGCCGGAAUCGGAAUCGGAAACGACUACUAAAGGAGCAGUGUAGGGCAAAUCGGAGGAGAGGUCCUUUCUAAUCUUCAGAGUGUAUAUAACAGAGCAGUAGAAUACUCAUAACAGCCUACAGCCCAGCAAAAAAAGCAAAUAACAAACAAAAACACGGAGCGAUUAAUGCAAGUUAAUGAAAUUAUCUAAUACGAGGUACUAACGAGAGGAGGAGAGAAGUAACGUAAAGUAAAGUAAAGUAAAGCAAAGAAUAACUAAGCCGAGGCAUACCAUUUUUAAUGUUCACGUAGCGAGACACAAAUUUACCAAGAAAAUACAUAAAAUACGAGUACUUUGGAGGGACAGAAGAUAGUGUUACGAAUGGAAACGGAUAUAGGAUGCGAUAAUUAUACACAGAAACUGCAGAAAGCAUUAGAGACAGAGCGAGAGAGAGAGUGAGAGAGAGAGCUCUAUAGACAGAUGAUAUGAUGCGCCGUUUGAGGUAUAUAUAUAGCAGAAUUAAACACAAUUAGCGCAAGACGAUUCAGAGUCGAGUGCACAGACAUUUAUCCCCUAGAAUAAUAUUUUUUUUUACCUAUUUGAUUUGUUGUAGCAUUUGUCAUAGCCACAUACUAUAGUUGUGUAUAUAACUAAAUAAAAUUGUGCAUAAAGAACGGUUAUCUUAAGUAUAUAAAUACACGUA